CUCAAAUCCACUCCCAUCGCGACACUCGUAAACCGACGCCAUGGGUCACAGCGCUGGUCUCCGCGCGGGCACGCGAUAUGCCUUUUCCCGCUCCUUCAAAACCAAGGGCUACAUCCCGCUUUCCACCUACCUACGGCAGUACAAGGUCGGCGACAUCGUCGAUGUCGUAGCCAACGGUGCAGUCCAGAAGGGCAUGCCCUACAAGGUCUACCACGGCAAGACCGGCGUCGUCUACAAUGUCACACGGUCGGCCGUUGGCGUGAUUCUCUACAAGCAAGUCGGAAACCGCUACAUGGAGAAGCGAGUGAACCUCCGAAUUGAGCACGUCCGCCUGUCUCGCUCGCGAGAGGAUUUCCUCAAGCGCGUCAAGGAGAACAACGCAAAGAUGAAGAAGGCCAAGACCGAGGGCGUCCACGUCCAUCUCAAGCGUCUCCCCGUUCCCCCGCGGGAGGCAAGGACCGUCAGCACCAAGGGCAACUUGCCGGAGAGCAUCACACCCAUCCCCUACGAUACCAAGAUCUGAGCGUGUGGUUGGGACUGCGGGGAUCGAAAAUGGAUGGUUGUGGUUGUGGUCGCGGUUGUGGGGCAUCUGGGUUCUCUCUGGCGCAACACUAUCAAAGUCCAUCCUGUACCGAAAUCGUCAUGAAAUGAUUAGGUUCGAUUGGUCUCAUUGCUUGCUUUGAUUGGGUGAGAACGGAGAUCGUACCGCGUAUAUGCUCAGUGACCAUGAAUACCCGUCAGUUCUUCAGCGUGGAGGCGGGACAUGCUCUAGCUUUGGAGUAUCCCUAGGUAAUGGUAUUUUUCCAGCCCGAUCCCGCUUCUCUGCCUUUCUCACCAUACAGCGUUCUCUUACUAGCUCACAAACGAGAGCGCUUUCCCCUUGACCAAAUACCCCUCGAAUACACGUAUCC